CUCCACCUCCCUCCCCUUAGCCUACCCCCAUGCCACCCCCUCGGCUGGCCCUCCCUUCUGCCCAGUCGCGCUCUGGGGUCACGUGAACCAAGGGCCUCUGGCUCACAUGGUGGGGCCCUGAGGCAGCAUCUGGUAUGCCUCAUGUGGCUCUCCCUCCCCGAAGUGGACUAUUACUUCCAGCUCCCCAGGCCCCAGAAGCCUGACUCUGACUUGGAGACAGACGAGGAAAAGGAGGGGCUGAAGAAACCCAGAAAGGAGGGCAGCAACCCCAAGAAAGAGGAACCAGAUGACAAAUGGACAGUGGAGAAGGGCAAGGACCAUAAAGGACCACAGAAGGGUGAGGAGUUGGAGGAGUGGGUGCCAACAGAAAGAGUCAAGUGCCCCCCCAUCGGGAUGGAGUCACACCGCAUUGAGGACAACCAGAUCCGGGCAUCCUCCAUGCUGCGCCAUGGUCUGGGGGCUCAGCGUGGCCGGCUCAACAUGCAGGCUGGAGCCACUGAGGAUGACUACUAUGAUGGGGCAUGGUGUGCCGAGGAUGACCCUCAGACCCAAUGGAUCGAGGUGGACACCAGAAGGACCACCAGGUUCACAGGCGUCAUCACCCAGGGGCGCGACUCCAGCAUUCAUGACGACUUUGUGACCUCCUUCUUCGUGGGCUUCAGCAAUGACAGCCAGACGUGGGUGAUGUAUACCAAUGGCUACGAGGAGAUGACCUUCCACGGGAAUGUGGACAAGGACACGCCCGUGCUGAGUGAGCUCCCGGAGCCAGUGGUGUCCCGCUUCAUCCGCAUCUACCCCCUCACCUGGAAUGGCAGCCUGUGCAUGCGUCUGGAGGUGCUGGGAUGCCCGGUGUCCCCAGUCCAUAGCUAUUAUACACAGAAUGAGGUAGUGACCACAGACGACCUGGACUUCCGGCACCACAGCCACAAGGACAUGCGCCAGCUGAUGAAGGUGGUGAAUGCGGAGUGCCCCACCAUCACCCGCACAUACAGCCUGGGAAAGAGCUCUCGUGGGCUCAAGAUCUACGCCAUGGAGAUCUCAGACAACCCCGGGGAUCAUGAACUGGGAGAACCUGAAUUCCGCUACACAGCCGGGAUCCAUGGCAAUGAGGUGCUGGGCCGGGAGCUGCUGCUACAGCUCAUGCAGUACCUGUGCCACGAGUACCGCGAUGGGAACCCCCGUGUGCGCAGCUUGGUGCAUGACACGCGCAUCCACCUGGUGCCCUCGCUCAACCCUGAUGGCUAUGAGGUGGCAUCGCAGAUGGGCUCUGAGUUUGGGAACUGGGCGCUGGGGCUGUGGACCGAGGAGGGCUUUGACAUCUACGAAGACUUCCCAGAUCUCAACUCUGUGCUCUGGGGAGCUGAGGAGAGGAAGUGGGUCCCGUACCGGGUCCCCAACAAUAACCUGCCCAUCCCUGAACGCUACCUCUCCCCAGAUGCCACGGUGUCCACAGAGGUCCGGGCCAUCAUCACUUGGAUGGAGAAGCACCCCUUCGUGCUUGGGGCGAACCUGAAUGGUGGCGAGAGGCUUGUGUCCUACCCCUACGACAUGGCCCGCACGCCCAGCCAGGAGCAGCUGCUGGCUGCAGCCAUGGCGGCUGCCCGUGGAGAAGAUGAGGAUGAGGUAUCCGAAGCCCAGGAGACCCCAGACCAUGCCAUCUUCCGCUGGCUGGCCAUCUCCUUUGCCUCUGCCCACCUCACCAUGACUGAGCCCUACCGGGGAGGCUGCCAAGCACAGGACUACACAAACGGCAUGGGCAUCAUCAAUGGGGCCAAGUGGAAGCCCCGAUCUGGGACUAUGAACGACUUCAGUUACCUGCACACCAACUGCCUGGAGCUCUCCAUCUACCUGGGCUGUGACAAGUUCCCCCAUGAGAGCGAGCUGCCCCGGGAGUGGGAAAACAACAAGGAGGCACUGCUCACCUUCAUGGAGCAGGUUCACCGAGGCAUCAAGGGCGUGGUGACUGAUGAGCAAGGCAUCCCUAUUGCCAACGCCACCAUCUCUGUGGGCGGCAUCAAUCACGGCGUGAAAACAGCAGGAGGUGGUGAUUACUGGCGUAUCUUGAACCCGGGUGAGUACCGCGUGACAGCCCACGCAGAGGGCUACACUCCCAGUGCCAAGACCUGCAACGUGGAUUAUGACAUCGGGGCCACUCAGUGCAAUUUCAUCCUGGCUCGCUCCAACUGGAAGCGCAUCCGGGAGAUCAUAGCCAUGAACGGGAACCGACCCAUACUGCGCAUUGACCCCUCACGCCCCAUGACCCCUGAGCAGCGCCGCAUACAGCGCCGCCGCCUGCAGUACCGGCUGCGAAUGCGCGAGCAGAUGCGGCUCCGGCGCCUCAACGCCACUGUGAGCCCAGUGCACCCGACCCCGACCCUCUCCCCCACCCACUCCCUGGCCCCCGGCCCCACCCCCAGCGUCGGGCCCUGGCACUCUACGGCGGCCCCCACAGCUGCCUGGGAGGAGGCAGAGACCGAGACCUACACGGAGGUGGUGACGGAGUUUGCAACGGAGCCGGGGCCCGAGGAGGAGAAGGUGGUCCUGGGCCCGGAAUUGUUCUUCACCACAGCCGAGACUUACACAGUGAAUUUCGGGGAAUUUUGAGGCAGGUCUGCCCACGCCCACACCCAUGCUGGUGUCAUGUCGCCACAGCUGGCCUGGAGCCAUCAGGGCAGGGGAGGCCCCUGGUGUGGACCAGGCCAGGAGAGGAUGUGACGAGACCAAGACUUAAAGAUCAGGGUCUACCCUGCCUGCCAGCCUCAGAGAAGAGGGGCCACCACAGUGCAGGGUGGGGGCAGGCUGAGUAAACCCAGGGCCUUCAGCCACCUGCCCAGGCAACACCAAUAAACCAAGCUCAUGGCAGA